UUGAAUCCAUGGUCAAUCCAGAUGUGCGCCCAAAACGUCAAGAUUUCAGCAACUAUUACACACGAGUACGGUCGUAUGAGCAUGCCCCCGAUCUCCAGGCAUUGAAGGGUCGUCUUGUAGAAGCUGGAUUGUAUUACUCUGGACCCGGAGCACAACUGAGGUGUUUUUCAUGUGGUAUCAUCUUGGAUUGUCUUGAUCGUACAAUGAAGCUAUGGAAAUUGCACGCUUGUCGCUCUCCCAAUUGUGCCUACCUGCUAGAAGUUAAAGGAGAACGUCGAAUGCGUCGUGCUGUAAGAGAUUUUGCCAACCAGGAAAGCAUCACAACAAAUAACACUGAGGACAACGAGGUGUUAGCUGAACAUCCUGCUACCGGUAGACAUCAGCAGUCGCUUACAUGGAAUGCAACUUCAACAACUCAACAACAGGCCUUUCCAAGAACAGCACAUGUGUGUUCCGACGCAUCUGGUGAGGACGAAGCGACACCGAAUGAUACAUCUUGUAUGUCUCGAUCAGAGGCUAUCUGUCCAUCAGCAGUCAUGUCUGUAGUUACUAGAUAUGAUAAAGGAUGUUUGUGUAUAAGCAUGUCAGAGCAGGAUUUCUUCAAUGUAAAUAUCCCUGAUCCGUCUUCAUCAAAAGAAGGUUUGGUAGAAAGUUUAAAUUCUCUGCCAUUAUCAGUUGAGGAAAUGCAGACUUUUUUGGAUUUGUUUCCUCUGUUACGGGGGUGCAAGGUAUUUUCCAAUAUUGAUUUGCCACGACCAUGUCCAAUUCUGACCACCAGCGAAAUGGGGGUCUUUGUUGUAUAUGAAGAUGCAAGAAGUCGCGGUGAUUUGAAUGGUCGUCUUGGUCAUUUCAUUGCUGUCCAGAUUAAUACAAUAAUUGGCAAUGAGGUGCAUGUCACUAUUUUUGAUCAUCUCCAUCGGAAAAAUAAUGAAAUAAAUCAACAUACGCUGCGACUUAUUGCAAAGCUUCUCAAUCUCCGCCCAGGCACUACACUGACGGUACAUAAAUUUCCAGUACAAAAUCAAAUUUCAAAUUGGGACUGUGGACCAUUUGUGCUCAAUGACAUUAUAUAUAUCAGAAAUGGAAAGGAAGAUGGUUUACGGGCACUUUUCGAUCAGAUAGAAAUUCGUAGUCAUCUGCGUUUUUGCGUUCAAACUGAUACAUGCACAUGUUUAGACCCAAUACAAUGCAAACAUGUUAGAGAUGAACCAUGCGUGACACAUUCGUACGAAGUGAAUUCGGAUGGUUCUGUCGUGGCAAGACAAUGAAACCAUUUAAAUUAGCAGAACAAUUCGAAUAGUGCUCAUGAUGUACGCUGAGAUUGUGCUAGCAAUAAUGUAGAAAAAUAAUCCCUAUUUGUAUGGAUUAUCUCUUUUGUCUGUAUGUAAUGACACAAGACUUGAUGAAAACAGAGAAAUGUUCUACAUGUACGUGAGCAUGAAGCAGAAACCACUGACUCAUAUUUGUUUGUGAGGAAUUAAUUGGUCUUGUUUUGUUUGGUUUGAUUUUCAGUCCUAUCAGCAGCUACUGCUCUGUUUAGCACACUUGCAAUGAGGCAAGCUAUUCAAACAUAUUGUCUUAAAUAUUAUGAAAUUAACGUAUAUUGUGCACCCAUUUUAUUAUAUUUUGUAUUCACAAUAACAUGUAUGUACACUUAAAAUAGUUUAGCAUAAUAUUAAAAAAGGGUAAUUUAGUGUUGUAAGUUGUUUUAGGUUGUAAUAUAAAAUAUAUUCUAAAUUAACAAUCAUAGUCAUGUAUAUAAGGUACAGUCUCGACAAUCAAGUACAUUUUUGUUCUCAUCAGAUAAUUUUAGGAUAAAAUGUAGAAGAAAAUGUCAAGUCGUGCCCCAGAUCACGGGCUGAACAGUAGGACAACUGAAGUUUUGAGAGCUGGAUUCACGGGGUUGCUGUAUUAGUUUGAGGGGCAGGAUUAUCAAGGCUUGAUAGUGGGACAAUAGUUUUAGUGUUGGCUACAUUAAGGAGGCUGGAUACAGGGACAACGUAUAAGUGGUAGUUAGAUUGGUAAAGCUUGAUAGAUGUAUAACCAACCAUAUUAGUGAUAGCUGGUAACUAUAAAACAAUGUUUUAUACUGGGGCAGCGUAUAUAAGUGGUAGUUAGAUUGGUAAAGCUUGGUAGAUGUACAACCAACCAUAUUAGUGGUAGCUGGUAAUUAUAAAACAUUGUUUUAUACCGGGACAACGUAUAUAAAUGGUAGUUAGAUUGGUAAAGCUUGAUAGAUGUACAACCAACCAUAUUAGUGGUAGCUGGUAAUUAUUAAACAAUGUUUUAUACCGGGACAACGUAUAUAAGUGGUAGAUAGAUUGGUAAAGCUUGGUAGAUGUACAACCGACCAUAUUAGUGGUAGCUGGUAAUUAUAAAACAUUGUUUUAUACCAGGACAACGUAUAUAAAUGGUAGUUAGAUUGGUAAAGCUUGGUAGAUGUACAACCAACCAUAUUAGUGGUAGCUGGUAAUUAUAAAACAAUGUUUUAUACUGGGGCAACUUAUAUAAGUUGUAGUUAGAUUGGUAAAGCUUGAUAGAUGUACAACCAACCAUAUUAGUGGUAGCUGGUAAUUAUAAAAUAAUGUUUUAUACUGGGGCAACGUACUGGUGGCUGGAAUGAGGAGGUGGGAUAGCGAGACAACCGUUUCAAUAGUAGCUGGAUUAGCCAUGUUCAACUUUACAUUGUUGUUGAUAAAACCUAUUAUUAUUAUUAUUAUUAUUAUUAUUAUUAUUAUUAUUAUUUUAAUGCACAACUGUUUGUUUUGUUAUCAUAAAAUCAUUUGUGUGUGUCUUCAUCCGUUUUUCACAGUUUGGUAUAUUUUUCAUAGUUUUUGUAUGCAAUUUGUAUGAUGUGGAUAGGCCGUAGGAUUACUUUUUAUUUUAUUUUGUCAUGGCUGAUGUGAUCAGUGGUCGAAAUGACAACAGAUGGAAUGGAUAAACUAACCUAAAUAUUAACCUAGGAAAGUAUCGAUUCGGUUUAGUAAGUGAUGUAACGAUCAAAUGAUGAGAGUAAUAUUGAGUUGGUACUGUGGUAUCAUCAGAAUCAAACGACUCUGGUAAAAUGUUGUUUGACCGAACAUUGUUGGUCAAUAUAAUUGGGUGGAGUCUUCUUUUGAAUUUACUCUGAUAAAUAUGAAAUUGGGUCCAUUUAUAAGACUAUUCGUCAAAGUUGAUGGCUUAUCAUUGCAAUAUAUUUUCACCGCUCUGUUUGCUAAAUAGAUGAAGAAUAAAAUGUCUCAUUGAAUAAUGGAAAUUUAAAUUAAAACGAAAUGUAUUAAGAUUGUAUUUGAUUGCUGAUAUUAUAUUAUGUUUUCCCUUGUAUAUUGCUACAUUAUCCAAACUGCUAAGGCUUUGCAUUUUAAAUUCUUAUGUAAUUUAUUUACCGUUUAGGGACUUUUUGCUUUUGCUGCUUUUCUUGUUGUCACCAUUCUUCCUCUUGAUUGAUUGAUUAACAUAUUUAUAAGUGUACGCCAAGGUGCUGUGUUAACAGCCCAUCUCUAUGUCACAAUUGAGUAUAUACGUGUUUUACUGCAUCGCAAACUAUUUCCAAUAUGGCAUUUGCGAUUCGGGUCUGUUUUGUGGACUUUUGUAAUGGUUCCAAUUAAAAUUAGAACUUGUUUUGACUACUAUUUUUCAUUCUUCAAAUUGUUAAAGAAGAUCUGUCGAAGUUAGCAUGGUUUUGUAUUGAAAUCGACAUAAAAGGCAGGUAAAACAGAGGUUAUUAUCAGAGAAUGUGUUGUUCGAUUUAAUAAAGUAUAGCUAUCAAAUAUAAUAAAUUCGUACAAUAAAUAAACGCAGCUUACAUUUGUAAGUCUAAAAGCAU